CUUAUCGUUUCAGUUUUUAAAACCGCAAUUUGGCGUUUCGGGUUGGUAUUCAAUUUAACUCUAGGAUCUUUAAGGUUCAUACACCGUCGAUGAGAAGUAGGGCCCGCGCGGCUAUCAAAGAGAAGCGCGCAGGCGGAGCCAAGAUGGCGGAGAAUGGCUACGGUUUCCUAGCCGUUGCUUUAUAAACAGUGGCUUGGAAGGGGGAGGGGCGGUGUUGCAUUCCUGCAGUGUGUGCCCUUCGACCCUGUUGUUAUGCUCCCCUUUCUGCAUUCCAGAGUGAGAGGAUUUCCUGCGGUAACAGCGGCGGCGUAGUGUUUAUAUAUGGACUUGUAGUCGGUGUGUUUACUAAGAAGAAGAAAACCGAGCAUUAGCGGGAUAGAGCUGAAUGUGCAGCGUUUGGUUUAAACACGAAAGGAAAACGACGUGGAGAGGACAACACGCAAUUUAAAAAAAGGAGAGAAAAGCCCAUACGCAACGUGGAGGAGAAGAAGAAGAAGAAGAACUAGUCGACACCGCGUUUUGGAAAGCUAAAGACGCAGCCACCCGAGGAAAUGAAGGACAAACAGAAGAGAAAGAAGGAGCGCACGUGGGCUGAGGCUGCUCGCAUGGUGUUGGAAAACUUUUCAGAUGCUCCCAUGACACCAAAACAGAUCCUACAUGUCAUUGAAACCAAAGGACUUAAAGAAAUGAGAAGUGGAACCUCACCUCUAGCUUGCCUCAAUACAAUGCUUCAUUCUCAGUGCAGAGGAGAGGAUGGGAUUUUCUUCAAGCUUCCUGGCCGGCUUAGCUUGUUUACUUUGAAGAAAAAUGCUUCACUGUGGUCUAAAAACCUGGCUGCACCAGAAGGUGAGGAUUUAGAAGACUCAGCUGAUUUGGAAAGCUGCGAUUCAAAUGAGACAUGCAGUGCAAGUGGAGAAAAUGAUAUUUCUCUAGAUGAAACCUCUUCAAGUGCUUCAUGUUCUACUAUAUCUCAAAACAAGCAGGCACCUCCAUCCAGGCAGAGUACUCACAGAGCUACACAACAGUCUGGAAAGCAGAGGAAAAAAGGUGUAAUGAUGCCCCGUGUGGUGCUGACUCCUCUCAAAGUGAAUGGAGAGCAUGUUUCUUCAGGUUUUUCUGGAAAACACAGAGAAGCAGAAUCAAAUACCAAAUGUAGUAGUAACCCCUCGAUGACAUGCUCAAAUUCACUACGGAGUCGCCCUGAAUUUGGAAGAAAACCAGGACAACAAUUUAAAAGCCUUCACAAGUCUCGCACAGGACCAUUAAAGCGUCGCAGAGGAGAGGAGGUUGAUUUUGAGACUCCAGGGUCCAUCUUGGUGAAUACAAAUAUCCGAGCAUUGAUCAAUACGCGAACAUUUGCAGCUCUACCAUCACAUUUUCAGCAGCAGUUGUUGUUGCUGUUACCUGAGGUUGAUAGACAGGUGUGUGUGGAUGGCAUGUCACGCCUUAGCAGUUCUGCGCUAAAUAAUGAAUUCUUCACUCAUGCAUCUCAGUGCUGGAAGGAGCGGCUUGCAGAUGGUGAAUUCACACAUGAAAUGCAAGUGCGAAUCCGACAGGAAAUGGAGAAAGAAAAAAAAGUGGAAUUAUGGAAAGAAAAAUUCUUUGAAGACUAUUAUGGACAAAAAUCUGGUUUAACUAAAGAAGAAUCAUUGCAACAGACCUUGCAAAAGGAAGACGCUGAAAAUGGACCAGGUGUAGGUACUCAAGUAAGACGCUCCCGGCCUCGUAAUGGUGGACGUAGACGUAAAGAUGGACGGCUGAGGAGACGAUCCAGGACAGAUCUCAGAAGCAGAGUUAGGCGGCCACUGUGUGCAAAGCCAAAGAAUGAGAAGAAAAUAAACCUCUGUGACACUAUUGCUGUUUCAGGUGCCAAUUCUUGCUCACCAAGAGAAUGCAAGCAAGAACUGAGAGAAGAUAAACCUAUUGAGCAAGGAAGUGAACAUGUACCUGAAACUGCAGUGACAGUAAAUAACUCUGAUAGUUCACUGAGACAACACUCUGGAGAUGCGUCAGGUAAAUGUGAAAGCCUUGGAGAAAAUGAAGUUUUAGGAGAUCAUCUUGGUAAUAUCUCUGCAGUGGUAUGCAAUGAAAACAGUGCUGGAGAGGGAGAGAUGAAGGAUCAGAAGAGAAAAUGUGCCGAGCCUAUGGCCUCUACUUCCUUUCCCGAGAAGAAACCACGGCUUGAUGAUCGCCAGUCCUUUCGUAACACAAUUGACUGCGUUCGCUCAGAAAAGCCACAGCCCACUAAAGAAGAGCCAAAAGUCCCUCCAAUCAGGAUCCAGCUAUCCAGGAUCAAACAGCCCUGGGUGGUUAAGGGUCCUCCCACAUACCAAAUAUGUCACAGGAUUAUUCCUAACCACGAGACAGGCAGGACUGGAGCACGGACAUUGGCGGACAUUAAAGCCCAUGCCCAACAGGCUCGAGCUCAACGAGAGGCCGCAGCUGCAGUUGCAGCAAUUGGAGGAGGUGGUGGACCUGGUGGAGGUGGAGGACCAGAGGGUGGUGGUGAUGGUGGAGGAGGUAGAGGAGGAGAAAAGAAAGGUGGAGGAAGCAGCCAUGAACCUGAGACAACAGGAGGAUUUACAGAUUGCAUACCGAGCCAUCUUACAGGAACACAACUACUGCAGGCCUCUAUGACCUGCAUUGAGGAGGACCUGGAACCUACAAAAGCAAAUCAUGCAAGUGAAACUGGCAAGGGAGAAGCCGUUUUAAGAUCACUAUAUCGUGUUUCAUCAUCUCCAAAGACUACAGAUCAGCUAACAGAAAGUACAGUCUUUACUGAUAAUACCUGUAUUAAUCACAGAGGUUCAUCACUGCAUAAUUUUGUAGACUCCUUUGGAGAGAAACAGACUUCUGCCGAGAGGUCAGAAGUGAAUUCUGAAAGUACAUUGCAGAGUAGCCCAUUCAUUGGUAGCUGUUUGGAAAAUACCGAGUGUCAAAAUAAUAGCACUGUAAUUUCAGCCAUCAAGGCAAAAGGAGUUACAUGUUUAGCUCCUACAUCAAUUCCUGAUACACUACCAAGAUUUGGGGCAAAGGGCAUCGAUGCUUUACGCUUGGUAUCAUUUCAGCCCUUACUGAAGAGUUACAAUAGACACACCAUUGUAACGCAGAAUAAAGAUGAGCCUCUUACCAAAGAAGAAAAUGUUUUCUUAAAAGUUGGUAAUUGUGAAGAUGACAAUAUAGUUUCAGCUGAAAUAUCAUUAGAAACUACUGUAAAUGAAAAGGAAAUGCGGGCUGAGCUUCUGGAGCAUGUGAUACCUGGUGGAGGGAAAGCACACAAAAACAAGACUGGAAAUUACAGCAGUUGUGCAGAUGAAGACACUGUCCUUCUUGAGAAAAAGCAGGGUAAUUCUCACUUAGCAACAUUUGUUCAGGAAGAAGUGUUGCAUACCGAUUCAACAGAUACAGCCUCUGACUUCGAGAAUGAAAGCUGUGAUAACUGGAGUUGGAAUGGGUGUAUAGAAAAAGAUGGACCAUCUUGUCAAGAUGCAGAAGAAACCUCUGCUAAUCAACUUAAAAAUGGAAUGGAAGUUAACCUCAUUAAUGGGACUGUUGCAGUAUGUCUGCCUAGUAAAGGCAAAUCACAAAGUUGUUAUGAAGCAAAAGAGAACAGUUCAUAUAAUACCCAUGAGACUGCUCAGCUUCAUUCAGAGUCUUUGACUGCACUGCAGAACACAAUUAACAGUAGAAAAUCUGGGCAUACAAUGCGACAGGUGUCAUCUGUAGAAGCUAAUAAUCCUUUAGUGACACAGCUGCUUCAAGGUAAUCUUCCUCUGGAGAAAGUCCUGCCUCAGCCACAUAGUAAGCUUGAAAUUAGUCGUCUAUCUGUGCCUAGGCAGGACUGUAACUUUAAAAGAGAUUUAUCCACUGUUGCAGAAGGAACUAUAUACCAGCCAUCAAAAGCAUCAGUUGAAAGUAAUGGAAAGGAAGCGGAUUCUAAUGUUUGUGUUGUAAUUCCUCCAGCAACAGUCCAAGUACCUGCUGCAAGAAAAGAUUCUUGGCCUGAAUCUAAGAAUACCUCAGGUGAAAAGUCAUUGGCAGGCAACCACAAUAAACAGGAAACUCAAGCGAAAGGCUUGGAUGAAAAGAGGCCACCAAGUGGUUUUGAAGUAAAUAAAGACCUUCCAGUUCAAACACCCUCACAAGGUGUUUUUACUCAGCAGACUACUAGUGUGAGGGAAACAACAAACCCACCUAAAUUUCACCCUGCAGAUGCAAAUUCUGAUUUAAUUGCUGAUAAUCCCACCUUUCAAUCUCAGAACAGUAGUUCCCAAGAGCACCUUGCUCGAGCAUUGCAGACUGAUGACAAAAAUAACUUGGACUGUAGAAAUUCUGUUGUAGAUCCCGAUCAGGCAGUACAGAGACAGGUGUCGAAACAUAAAAAUCUUAAGUUGGACUGGCUGUCCCAACAAAUUCAGCCUGGUGCACAACAUGAAAAAUCGUCGUCCAGUGAUGUUUUAUCCAAGACCAGUUCAGUUAUUAGCAAGAAGGAAGUUCAGCAAAAUUGUGAUCCCAAGGAAGAUUUCUCAGGACGGUUGUUGAAUAUGGGAAUGUCUCUUACCAAGUUCUCCCGAGAGCCUUUAAAACCCUACCAGGAUUUUAUGGAAUCUUAUAUUCCUUUCCAACUUAAUAUUCAGCAGCAGUUUUAUGGGAAGUUUCCCAGGUUACAGUUUAAUAGCAAUUCAGGUUUAAACUACAUGACUAACAUGUCUAUUUCUGACAGUGCUUUCAGUGGUUUCUCAAAGAAUAUUGCCAAUAGUGUGAUGCAGCUCCGGCAAAAAAGUGGAUUUGCAGGGAGUCAUCAUGCAUCCAUCAGCAUUCAGACAUUUGCAGAGAACAGUGUUGAGGAAAUGGCCUUGAAAUGCUCUUGCAGACUGAAAGCGAUGAUAAUGUGUAAAGGCUGUGGGGCCUUUUGCCAUGAUGACUGUAUAGGUCCCUCUAAGUUGUGUGUGUCAUGUCUUGUUGUAAGAUAGUACAAAUUUUAUUUUUUUAUUUGUUUUUUUUUGUUUUGUUUUUUUUUUUCUUCUUUUGUUUGCUUUUUUUUCUUUCUUUAUGGGAAGUGGGGGCAGGAAUACAUUCUGAAUUUUUGCAGUGUGUGAUGGUUUUGGGGCACAAAACAGUUAACUCUUGACACAUUUUUUUCUGUUUAUCAUUAAUGGUUCUGUCAAAUGCAAUGUGAACAAUGAACCUUUUUAUCUCAUUUUAAAAUGUGUUAGUCUUGCAUGAGUAUUUGCCCGGGAAGUCCAGCUGUUGGAAAGUUGCAAUUCAGUAACUUGUCACACGACCUGUUUUACUUCCUGAAAUGUUUAGUCUCUGAGGCAUGAUGAUGAUGCUGUUUGCGGGAUGUUGCCCCACCCCACUCCAAAGUAUUGAAAGGUUCUGUAUAUAAUAAAUCAUACUUUUUAUUGCAAACUAUGUUUUUCUAAUUAUGAAUUCAGAGUUGAGGUGUUUCCAACUACAUUGUUGCCAAUUUCGUUACCCGUUAACCUCCUGUGUACAGGCACCAUGUAGUGGGAGUACAGUCUGUAGUGAGAAUUUACAGAUUGCACCAUGCUUAUUUGGAGGUCAGCGUUUAUUUGGAAAGAGAAAUGAACAAAACAUUUUAAUGCUUCGUUUACCUCUUGUUUUACGAGUACUACCAGUUUUGUUUUGUGUUAUUUUUGCAUUCUGUAUACAGAUUUAAGCACAGUAUUAAAAUAAACCACAGACACAGUUGUUGAACUGCCUACGUAUUGUUACGUCAGUGCCAAUGUUUCUGAUAGUGAUAAUAUUGCACUUUCAAAUUAAGAAAAUGUAAUUGGGUAUACGUACAUCUUUUCAAAAGUAUAUUAUCCAGAAUUAGUUAAGAAGCUUUCUGCAAACAAAUGGUUUCAGAAUGGCAAGGUCCAUAAGAGGGUGGUUUUUUAUUUUCUUUUCUGUUUAAUGGUGUAUAAAAAAAAAAAAAAAAAACUAAUUUAGUAUUUGUCUUCACUUUGAUAGUGGCGGUGCUUGUGAUAAGAUAUAUUUUUAUUGUUUGGGAAGCAGCAUGUACAAAAUAUUUUAUUUAAAAAUCCAGUGACUAGCUGUGAUUCACAGUACCAGAUUUAUAAAAACAGGUAAGAACUAUUAAAACUUAUACUGAACAUCA